AUAGUCUAUAGAACAAAUAAUUUGCAGUCAUCGUGAGAGGGAUUGCAAUACAUUCUCAUAAAGAAUCAGUAAAGCGUGUUGAAGUGUUAAGUAGGUGCCUGGUCAUAUUUUAAAAGUUUGGACAUCAGUUUCAACUUUCUUCAUAAUCUAAUUAUUAAGGAAUUAGAAUAUUGGACAAAAAAUACACCCAACGUCUCUCCAAGAAGAAGAAAAAUUGUUAGAUAAGUGUCAGUCAUCAGUCCAACUCCAAUUUCCGCUAGCUGUUAUAAUUUAUAUUACUUGUCUUAUAAGUGAAAACAUGAAGUGAACAAUGAAAAUUCACACUUUGAAACCAAAGAAAUCAUCUGCUACAAACAGGCACUUGAGUACAACUGGAAAAAAGAUAAAGCUAUGCAUAAACGAUUUCAUGUCUGGUUGGGCUAAAGAGUUUGAAAUAGAACAGGAAGGAUUUAGUUUCUCAAAAUGGAGAAAGUUUUUUGUUUCACUGACGCCAACUGCAUUUUGCUGUCAGCUCCAUUAUUGGCACACCAGCUCCUUGGUAGUUUUAUUACUUAUUCUAAGCAUAAUUCUGGCAACCAAAGUUCAUCUACAAGUAAAAAAAGAAUCACUCUUGGUUAUUACUUCUUUGGGAAUGCAGUUAACCACCACAUUUGUGACAGGACGACAGAAUUCACAGUUUAUCCAGAAACAUAAAAUAAAGGAUGUUGUAAUUAAUGAAGGUAUUACGAUGCAUCAAGUUCUUUAUUACUUGGCCAUUUUGUUACAAAGUGAAACAUCGGUUGAAGUUUUUCCAUUAUUCCAGAACUCACUUCCAAGGUGUGAUUGUCUGCAGAAGAUAUAUGAAGAAAUUCAAUUGACAUUAUUUGAAAACAGUUAGCAGCCAUUCAUGUUUUUGCUAUGUGCCAAAAUCGAUGUAAUGGUCAUAAUUCACUAUAAUAUUGUAGGAACUCGGUAUGAAAGAGUAGAAUUCUACUACCUUUAUUUUAUUGUUGAUUGAUUCUCAAACUGUAAGGGAAAACAAUCUUUAUAUUGAUUUAUAUCGAAACAUAACCAAAUAAUAAUAUUACCUAGCCAGUGUAUAACAUGAUUUGCCUGUCGUGAAUGAAGUAAUAAGUUCAAUAAAACAGUCUUAACUCAGCUUAUAUUUUACCAAAAUAUAGCCUGACUUCAAUAGGAAAUGGUCAAGCAAUACAGGAUGCAGUAUAAUCUAAGUAUUUAAAAAAAAAGCAUUUAUCAGAAGAUAUGCUGUUCUCACUCUAUACAAGUCAUACUGUAUCAUAAUAAAGCCUCACUUCUGUGUAGAAUCAUCGUAUUUUACAGAAUACCUCAUAUUUUGAAAGAAAUAAUGUAUAAUUACAACAAAUUUGUGUACCAUAUAUAAAAAUAACCUUUCAGUCCUGGAAAAGGUGCUGGUAUGGCCAAGGCUACAGAGCCACUGAAAUCCACUUCUGAAGUCUUUACUCACUGUUAAUUUUACAGAUGUUUGGCUUACCACGCUGCAUGUGGAUGCUAAACAUGGCUGUAAACUGGGCCUCUAGUGUUUAAAGUAGUAUUUGCUGAAAAACAGUUGAAGUACUAACAAAAAUGAUGUUACUGUAUGAUAACGUUGUUGGAUUUAUUUUCCUUAAUUUAUUUUUUGUAUACCAGCUACUAUAAAAUAUUUCCACUUAAACAUUCAUAUCUUAAGAAAUAUGGAAAGAGUUUAGUAAAACUUUUGUUCUCAGAAUAGUGGUCUAUUAACAACUAACAUUUUAUCUAAACUUUGAGAUGAUCGUCCUGACUUCUAGUACUGUAGAUUAGUGGUGCACAAAAUUUUUUAUGGUGCACCCCCCUCUAAACAUGUAUUUUGUUGCCCCCCACACAUAAUCUAUUUGUGUAUAUACUGUACAUGUGAUUUUCCAUUUUUGAUUGUUGUUACUGUAUUACUUAAUAGUAGUAAUAUCUGUACAGUAGAUUUCAAAACCUCUUUAUUUUUAAUGUUAUACUUUCAGAUAUAAUUCGUAUGCUCCUAUAGUUUGUUUUGCACAUUGCGACUGUUAUUUCUGAAGAAGUUCUGUUUUGUUUAUUGCCUAAUUUCUGCAGUCCACCUAUUGCGCAACUUUAUUGCAGACCUUGGUAUGAUUAGGUUUAUUUUAUGUGUACGUUGAAAUGUUGGUUUAAUAGAUUUCCAAAAAUGCUUGCCAUCCUGCUAUAUCUAUAGAAGUAUUUUGAAGGUUGAUAUUAAAUAAAACACCAAAUACUGAUAAAGUAGUUAGUACUCAUGUUGUUGGGUUCAAGCAUACAUUCUGCAGUUACAGUAGCACAUUUGUGUUUCAAAACAUGAAUUUCUUAUCAAUAAACUGUGUAAAAGUGAGUUUUCAUGCCUAAUUGUGACCAUUUAUUUUAUUAGUCCUAAUUUCACAAAGAGAUCUGAUUAAUUUACCUCAGAUGAAACUAGAUUAGUAGUUUCUAUUAAAUGGGAAGAUUUUUUUUACUGCCGAGUAAAAUAUUUUCAUGUAUGUUCAGUGUGUCAUUUAAGUGUUCUUCAUAAUAGAAUAUGUAAAGUAAUAAACUAUCUAUUUGGAUUGAAAAUUAUGACGUUAGCUAUAUACUAUAGACAUGGAAGAAUGUGAAUUAGGAUUAUAAAAAUGGUACAAUUUCAGAUGUACAUGAAGCAGCACUAAAAAGUCAGGUAUUUAAGUUGAUCAUAACAUCAUUGCUUCUUUACAGAAAUGUGUUCUUUAAAAUGCUGUUGCAUACAUCUGCAGUAAAUGUAUAUUUUAUGAAGUAUGAGAUAUUUUUUUCACAUAUUGUAUUGUGUCUGUUAUUAUAGAUAGAAUAUAUGAAGUAUAUACUAGAAUUUGUCAGUAUUUUUAGCUAAAGCUAUUUAAAUAUACAAAUUUGAUGAAAAGACAAAUUAAAAUUUAUUGUAUGUUACAAAAUGUGUGAAUGAAUUAUUUAGUUAAUGGUAUCAGUCUCCUGGAAUAGUUCCAUGUCAUUUCAUAGAACUAACAAGAAAGAAGUGAAUAAAGCAACGGAUGGAGGUCUUUAAGACGGACAUUUUGCCCUAUCAUCAGAUUUCUUUGUGUAUGUGUAUU